AUGAACUUCUAUCGCGAUGCUACCUAUGUGCUUGAAUUUGUAGAAAAAACCGAGUCUCAGGGCCGCGUUGCCGGUUCGUUGCAGACUUUGGUUCUCAAUUCAUGCAAAAAGUUCAAACUCAACACCAAUCCCAAACAUAUUUAUGCCGCCGUGCACUCGUGCUGGCUCUACAGAGAGUUUCUCGAUACAAUCCUGCAACGGUCUAAGAUUUUGAAGGAAAUUCCAAAAAAGAAGGGCGAGCCCGCUUUCAACAAGACCACCAUCAAACUCUUGGUGCAUGAUCUUUUGUUUUCGAAAAACAAGAGAAUACAAAUGGGCAAACACCCAAUCAAGGAAUUUGUUCUGAAGCACAAGACUCGUCUCAAUAGUGAGCUGGUGCGGCUGAAACUCAAGUUGAAAGUCACCGAUCUGAAGCAACUGUUGAAUGACAAUAGUUCUGACGUCACACCGGUGAGGUGGAUCCGGAUCAAUCCAAUUCGCGCACGUCACAAGGAAAAAGAAGUUUUGGUCGAGCUCUACAAAAAAUUCCCCACCAAGGUCGGCUCUUGGACCGAAAUUGUGCCGGGAACCAUCUACGAGGACGAAUUUAUACCCAACCUCUUUGGAGUGCAUCCAGGCGACAAAAUAACUUCGCAUGAGCUCUAUAAAACGGGCAAAAUUAUCAUACAAGACCGGGCUUCUUGUUUCCCUGCACAUAUUCUGAAUCCACAAAAAUCUGACGUUGUCAUUGACGCUUGUGCUGCACCCGGUAAUAAGACUACCCAUGUAGCAGCUCAUAUUUUCCAAAACGAAGAACCAGGCAGCGUCAAAGUUCAUGCAUUCGAAAAGGACCCUGAAAGGGCGAAAACUUUGCGCACCAUGAUCAAGAGCGCCGGUUGCUCGAAUGGAAUUGAAGUACAUGUGGGAGAUUUCACGAAGAUUGCGAAACCGGCGUCAUUUCAAAAUGUCACUGGCUUUAUCGUUGAUCCCAGUUGCUCUGGAAGCGGAACUUUUGGUCGCCAGGCCAUCGAUCAGCAUAACAAAAAUAAAGAACAAAGCGCGACGCCAAAAGAUGAUGAAACGACCGCAUUGCCGUUAGAAGAGGAGCCAGAAGACAUUGCAGACAAGGAUCUCAAAAUCAGAUUACAGAAGCUGUCCUCGUUCCAAUUUGAAAUCGUACGCUACGCAUUAUCAUUCCCCAGUGCUAAAAAAUUGGUCUACAGUACCUGUUCUGUUCAUGCAGAGGAAAACGAGCGAAUUGUGAUAGACUUAUUGCUCGAUCCUAAGGUGAAAGAGGCUGGGUGGCGUGUGAGAAAGCGCGCUGGCGUCAUACCGACGUGGCCAAGAAGAGGGCUGUAUAGCGAAUUUGAAGAAGUGUUUCGCGACGAAGAGAAAGCCAAGGAACUAGCAGAGGCUUGUAUAAGAGUCUCUCCCAAAGAGGACGGCGGGAUCGGAUUCUUUGCCGUGUGCUUUGAGCGCGAUUGA